AUGUACGCCUACUCGACGUCUUCUAUCACAGGCUCCACACCUUCGGUUCGCUCGUUUUCAAGCGAUACCACCAUUUCCAAUGUCUUUUUCAACCUGCCACAGGUGAGUUUCAUAACUAGACGCUCAGAAAGUGGGUUCAGAAGAAUUAGAUAAUGAUUCAUUAGAGCUCAACAUUUUGAUGACAGUGUAUUGUUUGCUUCCAGAAGCAUGCGCGACGACAUCAUCUCGCGAGACAUGCCAAAUUGAGGAGCAUGGCAGCGUCUAACCGCUGCAGCAGCAAGCGCGCUCCAUUGAGAACACAACCAGCAGCAAUUCCACGACAGGUUUUCCAUUUUCCUUUUCUGCGUUUCUUUUCAUUUUCCUAUAGAUUUCUAGCAUCAAUUCAAUUAUCAUAAGAAAAACAAGCACAAUUCAAAAAUGGUAUCCUUGUCUUCUUUCUUGUUUUCUGCUUCACACGAUUGUAAAUUCAGUACUCAUUUCGCCACGUGUACAAUUGCAGAUGUCGAUGUUCCGAAGUUUCUUCGGCGGCGGCGAACCAGAUGAUGGGGAAGAGAACGGAGCAGAGAUUGUGGAGACGUACGUCGAAAGAGUAGAGACGUGCAGUGCCCCAGAAGACCGUCGAGAUGCCCUGAGAGCUCUUCGAGGUCUGGCAAAGGUUCGGUUUUGAUUUAACUUCAAAAUAACCGUAUAAGAAAGCUUCAGAAAUAUCGGCUCGCUGUCGGUACAAUGGGAAUGAACGCCUUCCUCGAGAUUCUAGAAAAAGAGCGUAUGAAUUCGGAGGCCAUGACACUCGUUUUAGAUACGAUGGCGACAGUCUUAUCAACGGAAGACGAAUCGUCCGAGUCUGACGAGUUGGGAGAGAGGUUGGCCGAAGUAAUGAUCAAGAAAAACGGAUUCAUUCCUUCUGUUCUCGCUGCUGUCGACCAGUUUGAUUUUGGCGUUAGAAGGUAAACGAGUUUCAGAAUCUUUCCAGUCAGACAAGCUAUUUCUUUCAGAACGGCCGUGCAGCUUCUAUCCAACUUGCUUCGCCAUAGAGGACCAGAAGUGCAGAAUGCCGUGAUGCAACAACCGAUGGGAGUUUCGAAACUUGUCGAUAUUGUUCAUGAUAACCGCGAAGUUAUUCGAAACGAAGCUAUCCUGAUGAUCUGUGAACUGAGCAGAGCCAACUCGCAAAUCCAACAGCUUCUGGCGUACGAUGGAAUUUUCAACGAGCUUCUCAACAUCAUUGAAACUGAACCAUAUGAUAGUGAGUUGAAAUUAUGCAAUUUGCCUACUUUCUUGUUUUCCAGGCAUUGUCAUCGAAGACUGUCUCUUUGUUAUUCUCAACUUGCUUCGGAAAAAUGCAAUGAACCAGCAGCUGUUCCGCGAGAAUCAGUGAGUUUUUAGAUAAACUUGAUCUAACAAUGUCUGUAAACAAUUCAGACUGGUGGGAAGACUCGGCGCUAUUUUCCACAUGUUUUUGUACGGCCCCGAGGAAGCGGAAGAUGCUGAAGUGGACACGACGGAAUGGGCGAAGCAACGAACUGCCAACGUCAUCUUCCUGCUGCAAAUCAUUCGGACUCUCGUGUCUCCGGACAACUCGAGUCAGAACACACAUGCUGCACAGAAAGUCCUCUACCAGACAAGUGCGUUGAGAAUAAAGUGUCUCAUUAAAUACGUCCCUUUUCAGAGAUCCUUGCUGAACUCUGUCGUGUUCUUCUAUCAGAAAUAGGAGUUUCUGUUGAGGUAAGUGCAUCGUUUUCUCUCAGUGCGAACGCCUUUUUUCAAGGUCCUCACCGAGUCAACAAUUGUCGUUGCUGAAGCCAUUCGAGGAAAUUACACGAAUCAAGAGUAUUUCGCAAGCACGACUUUGGCUGCCGGCGACGAAGCUCCUCGCUCCUCUCUUCUUUUGCUUCUGAUCUCGAUGAUUUCCGAAAAACAGCCAUACAAACUGCGAUGUGCUGUCUUUUAUUGCUUCCUGUCGUACCUAUUUGAUAACGAAUUCGGAAAAACAAAAAUUAUCGAAACGCUUCUUCCGAACUCGCAAACGGUCCCUGCCCUCACUACCGGAUCACUCAUUUUGCAAGCAAUUUCUUCUGGAGAAUCCGUGCAGGCGUGGUUCGGCUGUAUCUCUCUCAUGCACUGUCUCUACCAAGUUGACCAUCUUUGGUGAGUUCGCAGAUGUUCUUUUUUUUAUAAACAGUCUUUUAUGCAGCGAACAACUACUCCGUGUCGAGCUCGGUUUGGUCAACGAGAGACCGUCGCUGACUCUGCUCGAACAUGUUUCUCAGUUGCUCGUUUCUAACGGAAACCGUCGCCCGCAGUCGAGAGCUGGUCUUCUCAUGCUGCUCGGAGUGUGGCUCGAGAGUUGUCCAGCUGCAGUUGCUGGAUUCAUGGCCAAAGAUGAGAAUCUUCAGUAUCUGACUACCCAUAUUGGUAAGCGAAAAUGGUCUCAAACUAGAAGAAAUGAUCUGUAUUUAGUUGAUGAAUGCGGAGAAGGAACGGAAAGUGAACAGCAGGCUCUUCGUGGUCUGAUGGCGUUCGUUCUUCUCGCGUGUCUCAAAAAUCUCGAUAACAAGGACGCCAGAUCGUCGAUGGAAGCGCUGAUUGAAAGAAGAGUUGGCAAGGAAGUUGUGCUCUCGGCACUGGAAGGUCUCUCUCGAACGGAACAGUUUGUAAGAGCGGCUCAGAAACAGCAACCCAGCAGCGAUCUCUUCCUCGAUUUCUAUUUUGUGAAGUUGUUCAAGACUCUAGAAGGCAGUUUGGCAAAACAGCUGAAGCCCAACGGAGAGUUCAAUGGUACUAACAAUGACAGCAUAAUCCAAUCAUUCAAAGAGCUUAUCAAACGACAAGAUGAAGAAAUUGCACAGCUGAAACAAGGAGCCAAAAAAGCUCAAGCGGAAGUGGAAAGGCUGACUGCCGAGGCUGAAAACAAAUCAGCAGAGGAAGAAGUGGAAUUGCUAAAAGGGAAACUGGAACAGUCUUUGACUUUCAAAUCUCACAAUGAAGUACUGAACAGUCAAUUGGCUGAAUCACAACGACUGACGCAACAAUGGUACACUGAAGCGGAGAGGUACAAGCAAUGGGCACAGCAAUGGCAGAACUAUCAGCUGGCACAGCUGCCCAACGCGGCAGAAGUGGGCGUGGCGCAACUGCAACAGCAGGUGACGGAGCUUGAGCAGCAGUUGGGAUACGGAUAUCAGGCGUUCGAGCAACAAUCCCAGACAGUAAGACACUCAGAGCAGUAUUCAUAGUACAUUCAUGAUUCAGAUUCUUCAUUACACUUCUGACAAUGCACAACUUCGAGAAAGACUUGGGAAAGCGGAGGCUUCUCUAGCAGAAGCAAAAAAAACAAUUGAGAAAGUGGCUAGGAAUCCAGUUCAAGAUGUUGUUCACGAAAAUGGUGAACAGGUAUGUCUUCAACCGCGGUUUCCAAAAUCAAUUGUUUUCCAGAAAAAUACUGAUGAACUUGUGAAGCUGAAGCAAGAACAAGAAGAGCUCCUCAUGCUUCUGGCCGAUCAGCACAACAAAAUGUCCACGUAUCGUCGUCGUCUAAAAUCUCUCGGCCAGCCUGUAACGGACGAUGAAGACGAGUAG